AAUGAUUAAGAUACACCCCUAAAGUUAUUUUCUCCUGCGUAGCACUGAAUCAUUUCCCAAAAACCCUCGUCAGAAAAAAGUAAAAACCCUCGCCAUUUCUCCCAAAUCCCGCACAAAGCAGCAUCAGCAGCAACAAUGGCGUGGCGUGGUUCUGUGUCCAGGUCGCUCAUGUCCACCGCUAGGUCUUCCGCAUUCCGCUCGUCGACGCCGCUCUCCGCCCCGCGCCGCCUCAAUCCUUCUUCCCGCCCCAUCCCCCGCCGCCUCUCCUUUUCCAAUCCAAGGACAUUGGGAGAGCUGGGUUGUGCUCAAUCGCUACUGCCGAUGCAUAGCAUGGUGGCAGGAUUAGGGCUGACAUCGCACCUGGCGGUCAAUGUGCGAGCUUACUGUGAGCUGUACAAUGGUACCUUCCAACGUUCUUGUCAGGAUCGCUAGUAUUCUCUUUGUACUUGAACUUGUUGUUGGGGGUAUAAGCACACAGUGAGUGCUCAAAGAACUGGAAAUUUGUCAGCAAGGGGUAUCCUGCAGGAAUUUCCCUCAGGAGAAACGGAAAAUAUCAAUAAAAGAAUGAUUAUGCAUUUUCAUUUUUUUUUAAAUUGUGGACGAGACUUAGUUAUAGCCAAAAUUUGACCUGAAUAUGGAAAUACGAUUUUUAAUGCUUCAUUUUGUGAAUCAUUGAACAAUU